AGGAGAAAGGAAUCGAAAUUAAAAACCCAUCAAUCCACGAAAGUGUUCUCUCUAUCGUCGCCGUGCGGAUCUAUCUCCAAAACCCUAACUCCGACCGAUCGAAUUCAGCAGCGCGAGAUCAUGGCCAACAGCAGUAAUCUGCCAAAAAGAAUCAUCAAGGAAACUCAACGCCUGCUCAGUGAACCUGCUCCAGGGAUAAGUGCAUCUCCAUCUGAGGAUAACAUGCGAUACUUCAACGUCAUGGUUCUUGGUCCUUCUCAAUCACCUUAUGAAGGAGGAGUUUUCAAGUUGGAGCUCUUUUUACCUGAAGAUUACCCUAUGUCAGCCCCCAAGGUUAGGUUUCUCACCAAGAUUUACCAUCCUAACAUUGAUAAGCUUGGAAGAAUCUGUCUUGAUAUUCUGAAAGACAAAUGGAGCCCUGCUCUACAAAUACGAACAGUGCUCUUGAGUAUUCAAGCUCUUCUGAGUGCACCAAACCCUGAUGAUCCAUUGUCUGAGAACAUCGCUAAGCAUUGGAAGAGUAAUGAGGCAGAAGCUGUGGAAACAGCUAAAGAAUGGACCCGUCUUUACGCAAGCGGCGCAUGAUGGAUGGGAGGGUUAAAAAAUCUCAUUCAUUCCCAAAUAACAUUACAUUCGGUGAUAAUCUAUCUCAACGUCGUGAUGAAAGUUAUGUUUUGCUUCUUAUUGUAUAAUAACUAAUAGGUUUUCAAAGUUUCGUUGAAUCAAAAGGUCUUCUCAACUGUGUCUAAAUAAUCUCUCUGCAACU